GUAAUGGUAUGGGAUUAAAAGCGGGGGAUAUCUAUGCAAUAGGAGAGAUAAUUGACGAGGUUGACCCAGUAACGGUAUUAUAUGUUUUAUGUGCACAGGUAAUGAAUAAAACAUAUGGGGUCACAACAUGGGUCAAGUUUACAAACUUCGAGGUGUUUUUUGAUGUCCUCAUACCACCCAAUCACCCAAAUCCCAAAGAGUAUUGUAAUAUUUUAAUAAAAACAAUGGAGUACACAAAUGCUAGACAUCCUAAUGGUGCAUGGGUAAAGAUGACCAGUUUGAUAAAGGAUUAUCUGACAGUUAAACGUAAUGAUAGUAAAGAGUAUUUACGAAUUAGAUUCACAGAUCAUAGUAAGCAAAGAUCCAUUAUCCAAGCCAUUCACCAGGAUAAAUUCAAGUCAUAUACAAUCUGCAAAGACUCACUUAGUGGUAAAUAUGGACAAUUUAUUGCUUGUAGUCGAAUAUACACGAAUAGAAAAGAAGACUAUUUCCAUGUUUCAGGUUUCUUUAUACUUAAGAAUGAAACGCGUAUACUCUCAAUGAAUGAACAUGAGAACUGCCUUAAAUAUGACAAAGAUGUUAUAUUUUUAGAUAAUGAAUUCUUUUGCAAUGAGAUA